AUGAUCACUAAUAAUAAUAAUUCAAUUACCCCUCCAUUCGUACCUUCUGAACAGUCACAAAGAUUAAUUGAUUCAUAUACUGAAGUUACGAAAGCUUCUAUGGAUCAAAUGAAUGAAAUUUCCAAACGUGCUCAAUUACUACAAAACAUGGCAAAUAAUAUCAUUAAUGAAACUGCUGCUAAUGAUAAUCCUACUUCAGAUUUUCAACAACAGCAAUUUAAUUCACCGGUUGAUUAUGGUCAUCAUCAAUCGUCGUCUUCUUCAAUACGUUUAUCAUCAUCACACCCAAUAGGAUCUAACAACGCUAGUAAUAUUAGUAUCAGUGAAAACCCCAACAAUGAUUUAUUUAACAACAACUCUGUUAAUAAUGACAUAGGUGAUUAUUCUUCUGCUUCUUCUUCAAAUAAUAAUUCACAUUUUGAGAAAAUGUUUUCACUUUAG